AUGCCCCGUGCCUUGACUCUCGACGCAGGGGAAGGAGGCCGCCCUGGCAAGGUCUACUACCCUCUUCAAGUCAAGCAAGUUCCCAAGCCGAAACCAGGCCUAAAUGAAGUUCUGGUCCGAAUCAAGGCAGCAGCUCUCAAUCACCGGGAUUUAUGGGCACGCCGGCAUUUGUACCCUGGGCUGUCUCUCACAAGUCCACUGUUAGCCGACGGUGCUGGCAUCGUGAUCGAGAUUGGAUCAAAAGUCAAACGCACCGAGUUGCUUAACCAAGCUGUCAUAUUGGCUCCUAUGCGUGGUUGGCAAAACGAUCCCGUUGCACCUGAGGAUCCUCAUCGAUUUGCCGUCAUUGGCGCUACGCUUCUAUGUGACGACGGAACAGGGCAAGACUACCUAGCCGUCCACGAGGAUGAGGUUGAACUCGCACCCCACCAUUUAACUCCAGCUGAAGGCGCAGCACUUCCCCUUUGCGGACUUACUGGCUGGCGGGCGCUUGUUUCUAAGGCUGGCGUUACAGGCCCUGGUAAAAAUGUGCUGGUUACAGGUAUUGGGGGCGGCGUCGCUCUGCAGGUUCUGCAGUUCGCCGUGGCGCUUGGGAGCAACGUAUAUGUUACUUCUGGAGACCAGAAGAAGAUUGACAAAGCCAUCGCAAUGGGCGCGCGAGGAGGUGUCAGCUACAAGGAAAGCCGAUGGGGCUCCGCCUUAUUAGAGAUGCUCCCCGACGGCCAUCCAUACAUAGACGCGGUCGUGGAUGGCGCGGGCGGAAAUAUCAUUGCGGAGGUGGCACCCAUCGUAAGACCCGGUGGUGUCAUUGCGCAGUAUGGCAUGACAGUCGGCAACAAAAUGGACUGGCAAAUGCGAGCUGUGUUGGCCAACCUGGAGCUCAAAGGCUCAACCAUGGGCUCAAGAAAAGAGUUCCGUGAUAUGGUGGCGUUUGUAGACAAGCACAAGAUCAGGCCAAUUGUCAGUAGAACUGUCCGAGGGCUCAGCGACCUGGAAGCGAUCGAGACGUUGUUUGCCGACAUGCAGGCCGGACGGCAAUUUGGAAAACUGGUCAUCGAAAUAGACGACGAACUACAGGCGCAGUUGUAA